GACGAAGCUGCAUCGCUAACUGAUUUUCGGAUUGAUGAAUUGGUAGAGAACGGUACACUAAUCAACACACAACAACCGUAAGCCCGGCAUAUGGGAAGCGCGAAAUCUGAACAAAUUCGUCGGGUUAGAGCAAGGCAAUAUCGUCCUCUCCGUGGUGAGAUGUGUGUCGAAGAUCGAGGUCAGUGCUGGAUACGAUAUAGAGCGCUGGGAUCUCCAUCCGAAUUUUCUAACUGCUAUGCUCAACUCAUGCCGAGGCUUUCAGGAGAUCGAAAGGACCUCCGCCCUCCCACAGCGCAGGACUAUGUCAGCCUGAAGAAGCAUCAGGUCAGCUUGGGCAAAGGCGCUAAAGACAUGCACUUUUCACCGUCCCUGGCCGAGAUAACUCUAGGAAUGGAGGACGAUGAUCCAUUUAAUGAGAGAUUAGAAUCGGAGAGCCUCUUGGAUGACCCCAAGAGUUUCGAUGAUCUCAGCCUUGCGAUCAGACGCGCAGUCCAGCUGCCGACACUGCGGAGGCUACGUUUAGAAACAUUAUGGGCAUUGUCUCCCGCGUCCUUUGGACCUCAUCCCGACUUGCCCGCUAUUUGCUGUCCAUCGCUCGAGGAGCUCACGAUUGACGUUUCUAUGACUACGCCCGACGGAAGAUACCUGAAAAUGGGUGAUCUAUACCAAGCCUGACAAGAGGAAGGAGAUUAGGAUUCUGACAAUGAGAUAUCACCUGGUCCAUUCGAUGCGGAAGACUCGGACAAAUCAGACUGGAUGCCUGAAUUUACGUGGGAUAAGCUGGACGGCGCAAUUUCGCCGACCUUGUUUCGU